AUGAAAGAUCAGAACACUACUGCUCCCCAAGUAGACAUCCAGCAACCACAGCGGACAAGCAUUGAGCAUUCCCUCUCCCAUACAACCACUACUUCCUCAUCCAACUCUUCCUCAAGCCUUCCAGAAAGGCCCACUACCUCAACUCAAUCUCAAACAAAGUCCAAUCACCUCUCCCUGAAAGCAGGAAGACUCUUCGUUUCCCGCUCUCGCUCUCGGUCCAAAUCCCCCGCUCCUAGCGACAUCCCAACCACCACACGCACGCGUCGCUCCGACUCAGAGAGCACCUACAUCCUCAAACGCGACAAAAUGGCUCGCAUCAGCAUUCCCCGUCGCUCUGAGAGCCCCACCCAAAUGUCCCCCCCGGCUUCCCCUUCUUCCAUCAAGGAGACCCACUCCACAAAGCGCAGAUCCGACGCCUACCACUCCCGCAAAUCCAGUGACGACUACCGUCGCUACAGCGGAACCGUGAACCACUACGGUCGUCACUCGAACGACUGGUUGUUCGGAGGAUUCAGUCUUCGCGACACUGUCCGCGGCGGUGUUGGCCGCUUGCGCCAGCGCGAUGACAAGAGCUGA